UUCUUAAAACCCCCCCCAAAACUUUUUCUUUGUAAAUUCAGGGAACCCCUCCUUUUUUUUUUCUUUUUUUUUUUAUAAAUAUUACCAUGGAAUUAGAAGAAGAAAAAGAAGCUCAAAUUGAUCGGCUACCCAUGGAUUUACUCGCUCAUAUCUUUGUUUUCAUCACUUGCUUCAAAGAUUUAGCCCAGACAAGCGGAGUGUGUAGAAAAUGGAGGGAAGGAGUGAAGCAAUCGAUGGGAAGAAGAGAGAAAUUGAGUUUUGCCGAUUGGAAAAUGGAUGAUGAUUCCACUUCUCGUAUUGUUCGAUAUGCUUAUUCUCUCAAGGAGCUUGAUAUUUCAAAGAGCCGAUGGGGUUGCCAAAUAACAGACAAUGGAUUGUAUCAGUUGUCUACUGCAAAGUGCAUUAUCAACCUUUCCUCCAUAUCCUUGUGGGGCAUGACAGGGAUCACCGACAAAGGCGUUGUUCAACUGAUUUCAAGGGCGAACUCUUUGCAAUACCUGAACAUCGGGGGUACUUUCAUAACAGACGAGUCUUUAUUUGCAAUUGCUACUAGCUGCCCAAAUUUGAAGACUGCAGUAUUAUGGGGAUGUCGCCAUGUAACUGAAAAUGGACUUGUAUUUCUUGUAAAUAAUUGUCACAAACUAGAGACUAUCAAUGUAUGGGGGAUGAGAGUACCUAUCGACUCAUUCACUACCCUGCUUACAAUCCGUCCAGCUCUCCAGAUCCUACCCCAAUCAUUGCUCAAUAUCGGAACCAUUUCAUUGUUACCUGUUUUUUGAGGCGAUUUGGUUGCUUCAUGUACAGAUUGCUUCAACGCGUCUUUCGUUCAUGCUAUCAAAAAUUUGUACAGAUUGUUUCUCAUUUUAUGUAACUUAUUAAGACAAUAAAGUGGACACUUUGUGAGAUAA